ACAGGAGAGUAAGUGACUGAGGAAGGAACCGUGGAAAGGAUUCAGAUAAAUGCAGGGAGGGGUACACAAGCAGGUCAGAGAUGGGUUAGCUCUGAUGAUCUUGGCAGAGAUGGGGUUUGUUUAGAGGAAAUGGAGCAAGGAAAAAAUGACAAAGGAAGAGGGGAGGCCAAAAUGACAUCUUUUAAAGUGAAGACACUAUUGAGCAUGGUGUUUCAGCAAACCCAAGAUAAGAACUGGAGUAGACAAACAUGCACAUCUGUGACUCCAAAACUUCUGAGUCGAAUCUCAAUUCCCAAAGACCUGGAAUAGGAGAAUCAAGUCUUUCUUGGGAUGGAUUCACUCCCAGUAUUCUCAACAAAGGCUGUAUGGUUAUAAAGGAAUCAAAGGAUCCUGAGCACUUAGCACUGGCUUGCAAAAAGACAUAUCAAUAAGAGUAAAGAGGACGUUUGACUACAGCCUUGAAGAAAUGCAACAUUGGGAGCAUUCAAGUUAUGAGCCGUCCUUACCCAUCACAGAGAAAUCCAAUCCAAUCACCAGAGAUAUUGAUAGAGCAAACCCUGAUGAAAUUGUACAAUUGCUGAAAAAAUGUGAUGCAGAGAUCUUUGACAGAACAACACACCUAGACUCCAUGUACCAGAAGCUGAAUAGCUGUUCCAUGGCACAGACAAUGGUGGAGAUUUCCAGGAGAGUGGAAGUUAUACUCAAGGAUCCAGAAAACAGUCUGAUUGUCCUGAGUGGCUGUGGGACGUCCGGCCGUGUUGCAUUUCUCUUGGCGACCUCUUUAAACAGAUGGCUUGCUGCUCUUCAUCAAAAGCAAAUCUAUUCUUACAUCAUCGCUGGGGGUGACAAGGCCCUGCUAACAUCACAGGAGGCUCCAGAGGACAACCCCUCGCUGGGAGCGCUCAUGCUGGACAAGGCUUCUACAGGCAAGAAGCACGUCCUCUUCAUUGGAAUAUCCUGUGGUUUGUCUGCUCCUUUUGUUGCUGGCCAGCUUCACUUUUGUCUAAACAAUUUGGAUGUCUUCACUCCAGUGCUGAUAGGAUUUAAUCCUGUACACAUGGCUCGAACUGAGCCCAUGCAGGACUUUCCGUUUAACUUCAAGGAGAUUGCAGAGAAAAUGAGUGAAAUGCAGAAACACCAAAAAGCCUUUGUGCUCAAUCCAGCAGUGGGGCCUGAAGCUAUUACUGGAUCUUCAAGAAUGAAAGGAGGAACUGCCACAAAAGCAAUGCUGGAAACAGUCCUUUUGGCAGGACAUGAAGCUGUUUACAGUAAUGAAGCCGUAACUGCUGACAAUGUUUUGGCCUCAGUCAGAAUGAAUGAGAAAAUUUAUGAAAUCACGUACUCACAGACUGAUAAACUGGCAGCCCUGCUUCAGAAAGCUGGAGUGAGCCUGCGAGGGAAAGGACAUGUGUAUUAUCUUGGAUGGCAGACUCUUGGUAUUAUCGGGAUUAUUGAUGCCAGUGAGUGCAUCCCAACAUAUGGAGCAGCCUUUGAAGACAUCAGAGGCUUUAUUAGCAAGGGCUUCAGUGAAAUGAACAACAAAGAGGGAGAUCUGUCAUCCGUGGGACCACAUUUUGCUGUCGCCCAUACGGAUUUUGUGAACGCUAUUUUGCCCAGCCUGAGUGACAAUGACAUGGUGAUAUUUCUCUUCAGUGUGGAAGAUGACCUGAACGAAGUUUCAGAGUUGGUCGAGCGCGUAGGCCAAAACACAUCAAACCUCCAUGCUCUCAUCCAUGACCUUGAAGGACACCAUGUUCCUAAAAGCGUGAGUGGCAUGUUUAUGACUGCCCUCAACAUCACCUGGCCCUCAUCUUUAAACAAGCACAGCUUGGUCCUAAUGAAACAGCACUGGGAGCUUUCCACCAAAUUGUGUCUCAAUGCAAUCAGCACAGGUGCUCAUAUCCUGAAAGGAAAGGUGUACAGGAAUUACAUGAUAGACCUCAGAGUAACUAACAGCAAACUCUUCAGAAGAGCCAUUCGCAUGUUACAGAGGUUCACGAACAGCACCCAAACACAGUGUGAGACAGCUCUGCUGAGAUCUAUCUAUGACGUGGAGGAGCUGACUGAUGAGAUAAGCUCAGCAGACGUGACCCAGCACACACUGAUGGCUAACCAAAAGGACAGGGUAGUUCCUACUGCGCUGGUGAUGCUACAGUCUGGCUGCACGCUCGCUGAGGCUAAAUCCCACUUAGAUGCUCACCCUGUGAUUCGAGAUGCAGUGGCUGCCUGCCUGAGGUUCUCUUAAUGAAGGAGUUCUGAAGACCACAGUCAGUGAAUAGAGCAAUAUUAAACCAAGUAAUAAACAACAACGAUGAUGUCAUUUACAGUACAUUACCAAAUGUGAGAAUUAACAGCUUUAAAAAGAAAUACACUCCAGGCUUCUUAUUCAAUUAUUAAUCCUAAGACUCAUUAUUCAGUAACAUUUUAAUGCACAAUUACUGUUUAUUUGCUGGAUUUAACUUAUUAGAAAAAAAAACAUAACAUAAAAUGUGGCCUG